CAUUAACUAAACAUAGUUGAGAGGUUUUACCAUUAAUUUUUUUUUUUAAAAAAAUCAAAAUUUUAUAAUAUUAUCUAAAAAUUAGUAACUUAAAUUUUGAAAAUUAGGAUUUUAAAAUUGUUAUUGUAAAUAUAUAAGUUUGAAGUUUUUUUUUUAACAUCAACAUUAUAUAUAUAUAUAUAUAUAAAUUAAAAAUAUAAAAACCCAGAUAAUAUAAUAAAAAUUAUAGAAUUUUUAGAUAAUGUUGUAAUUUUUAGAUUUUAUUUUUAUUUUUAAUGAUAAAACCUCUCAACUAUGUUCACUUAAUGUAGAAAUCCCCAAACUAAAGAUUUACCGGUAAUAAUGGUAAUUAUGACUUGCUAAUGUUUAAUUCAUUAAAUAAAGUUAUUUUGAAAGUUUUUUCCUUAAAUACUUAGUUUGAGGGUUUACCCAAAUUAAAUUUAAUUGAGGGGUUUUAACGUUAAAUUUUUUAUACUAUUAAUGAAACUAUACGUGGUAAUGAUCACUUCAUGUGUAAACAUGUUUGAAUGACCUAUAUUCAUAGGAAUUUAUUGUUAGAGUAAUUAUAUAAUAGAUUAUGGAAGAAUAGUAAAUAAAUUUAUUUAAAUAAAUAAAUUCAUUUAAAGUAUCUUCAUAAGGCAGGUAGUAUUGCCGGUUGUCAAAUCGUGUAAUAUUUCCUAUAUCAUAAUUGUAAGAUCAUAAUAAAUCAGCGUUAAAAAAAAAUAUAUAUCUAAGUAGAUUUUUUAAGAAUUUUUCCUUUUUAUUAGUAUAGAUGAAGGAAAGAAGGUGAUUUGAAAUUAAAACCCCUGUUUUCUCGUGAGCACGAGCUUGUCGUGUUCUGUAGAUUGAAGAUGAAGUUGGAGAACAAAAAUGUUGUUCUACCUAGAAAACAAUGUACGUAGGAGGUCUCUGUUCAAUGGCGAUUACUGACAGAAUUUGUCCCAUCAUCUCCUCAGUUUCGACGAGAGCUUACAAUCUCGACUUUUUCUACCGGAAUUCAAUCCAACGAUCGACCUCUGUCGCGUAUGGUCCAAGACUCAGAGGAAAGGUGAAGGGGACCGUGAAUCCUUAUUCAUUCAGCGAGGCGGCGCAGCCAGAAGUGCGGAAGAGUUUAAAUGACUUUUUUGUGGAAGCUGGAGACUUUUUAAGUACAGAUGGAGGUCCGCCACGGUGGUUCUCUCCGUUAGAAUGUGGGGCAAGAGCUCCAAAAUCUCCUCUCCUUCUCUAUGUACCGGGGAUCGAUGGUACUGGAUUAGGGCUCAUUCGCCACCACAGAAGGCUUGGAGAGAUAUUUGACAUAUGGUGCCUUCAUUUUCCAGUCAGUGAUCGUACCCCUUCUCGAGACAUUGUGAAGCUCAUUGAGAGGACAGUUAGAUCAGAGUACCAUCGUUUCCCAAAUAGGCCCAUAUAUAUCGUUGGAGAAUCUAUUGGAGCUUGCCUUGCUCUAGAUGUUGCUGCGAGCAACCCUGACAUCGAUCUUGUCUUGAUUCUUGCUAAUCCAGUCACACGUUUCAACAACUUCAUUUUGCAACCUUUAUCCGGUCUACUGGAAUUCUUGCCUGACCAAGUUCCCAUCUUGAUAGAGGAAAACUUUGGGUUUAAACAUGGUUACCCGUUGGCGACAAUCUUAGAGACUAUCCUGAAUGGAGCUGAUGUUGCGCAGAUUGGAAGAGGGAUCUUUGGAGACUUCUUUGCAACUUCAGCUAAUCUAUCUACUUUAAUUAGGAUCUUGCCUAAGGGCACACUUCUAUGGAAGCUUCACCUGCUUAAGUCUGCUUCAGCAUCUCUUAAUUCGCAUAUGUACACGGUCAAAGCCCAAACACUGAUACUUCUGAGUGGACGCAAUCAGUGGUUACUUAACAAGGAAGACAUUGAAAGACUUCUUUGUACAUUGCCGAAAUGUGAACUCCGUAAGUUUAAGAAUAAUGGACAGUUCCUCUUCUUGGAGGAUGGAGUAGAUCUCGUGACUAUCGUCAAGUUUGCCUAUUUUUAUCGCCGUGGAAAGACACUUGAUUACGUUUCCGAUUACAUUAUGCCCACUCCGUUUGAGUUCAAAGAGUUCGAAGAAUCACAAAAAUUAGUAACCGCUGCGAUUUCUCCAGCAUUUUUCUCAACUCUAGAAAACGGCACUAUAGUAAGAUCACUUGCAGGAAUACCUUCAGAGGGCCCGGUUAUUUAUGUUGGGAAUCACAUGUUGCUUGGUAUCGAAUUGCUUCAGUUAGCAAUUCAUCUCUUGAAAGAAAAGAACAUUAUGUUGCGUGGACUGGCCCAUCCCAUGAUGUUUAGUAAAACAGUAGGCUCAAAACUCCCUGAUAUGCAGAUGUUCGACUCGGUUAGGAUAGGUGGGGCGGUCCCUGUCUCUAGUCUUAAUUUCUACAAACUACUUCGUUCGAAAGCUCAUGUGCUUUUGUAUCCUGGAGGUGUCCGUGAAGCUUUGCACAGAAAGGGUGAAGAGUACAAGUUGUUUUGGCCACAACACUCAGAGUUUGUAAGGAUUGCAUCUAAAUUUGGAGCAAAAAUCAUUCCUUUUGGCGUUGUUGGAGAAGAUGAUCUCUGUCAAAUGGUUUUGGAUUACAAUGAUCAAAUGAAGAUCCCAUUCAUAAAGAAUUUCAUACAAGAGAUAACACAGGACGCUACCAAAUUGAGGAACGGUGAAGAAGGUGAAUUGGGGAACCAAGAUUUGCAUGUGCCUGGAAUAAUUCCCAAGAUCCCUGGCCGUUUGUACGUGCAUUUCGGAAAACCAAUAGAAACAGAAGGCAAACGGAAAGAGCUAAAUGAUAAAGAGAGAGCUCACGAUGUUUACUUGCAGGUCAAGUCUGAAGUAGAAAGAUGUAUGACCUAUCUGAAGAUGCAAAGAGAAAGUGAUCCUUACAGAAACAUAUUUCCGAGGUUUCUCUUUUCCGCCUCACAUGGUUUCUCUUCUCAGAUUCCAACCUUUGACCUCUAUCAAGCUUUUGAAAACUACGGUGGAGAAGAUGAGUCUAAGACGAAUCAAAGAGGAAAAGUUUGUUACGAAAUGUUAAUCUCCCUCGUGAAUUAAUUAUGUACAAUAUUGUAUCUCUCAGGGUUAACUAUCUACAUCCCACAAGAAGUACUAUAUAGAAUCAAAUAUCUCUCAUAUUAUGAUUUCAUGCUAAA